GAAAAGAAGAGAGUGAAAAAUAAAAAGAGAGAGAGAGAGAGAGAGAAAAUAGAAGAAUCUUCCAAUGUAUCUAUAUCUUCUCCAUUUCCUCUGAUUCUUAAUUAGCACAUUGUUCAGAAAUCAAAAGUCUCAGGUAUUUUGCUUAGUAGAACUUUUGCAACACUAUGGAAGCUGAGUCAUCUGCUGAUCAACAAGUAGGCUCUUCAGAGUUUAAUUUAGAUGACUUGUUUGAUGAUGACAGUCAAGGCUCAACACUUGAAAUAACUGACAAUUCUUCAGAUGAGGUUGAGCAAGGAUCAUCAUGUGGAAGCAAUCUGCCACUAAUGAAUCAAGAAAUUACUAGUCACCCACAGGAGUAUAUUUUGGACAGAGCAGCAGAGAAUAAUAUCACGAGGACACCACAAGAUAGCUUGAUUGAUAAUAAUAGGAUGGGAAUUGUAUCACCACCGUUCAUCAACCAACCCCAACCUUCUUAUGUCCCUUUGAUCACUCCAUUAAGGUGUCAAGAGUUACCAAAUCAGCAACAAGUGAAUAAUGAAGUCCCUGUAAUGACAAAUGAGCCACAAUUUCAUAACUACAACAUGCAACCAGAUGUGCCAUCCAUGGAGCUUAGGUACCAAUUUAAUCAAUUUGAAAUGGCUAAUACUGUAUUUGAACCCCCACAUGGUUUUGAAACCAUGCCUGUGCCUUCUCUUCCUUUGAGGUUUCCAGAAUUUCCUCAGCCUCCUCAAACACCUCAUGUACUGAGUUAUUCAAGGCCAGAGACUUGUCAUCCUCAAGAAUUGGCUACUCAAAAUGAUAUAAAUAGGCUUGUGAUCUCCCAGCAAAGUCCAUUCUUGAAUUCAGAAACCAAUCAAAGAGGAAUUCUUGGACUAGAAAGUAGUACUGGAAAGAGAAGAUUUGAAAUUGGGGAAUCAUCAUCACAAUAUAAACGUUACAGGGUUGAACCAGCAACUCAUGAACAACUGGACUGGAACCUCAUUGACUUCCAAGCCAAGCUAGGCAUCCCAGAUAGUUUAGGGCCGAUGACCACAAAUUCCAUCUACGAUCCAUUGUUUGAAGGGAUUGGUCUACCUAUUGAUCCUCAUCUGCGAAUGCUUGCUUUGAGAUGAGCAUUUAAAACUAUGAUUAGUGUUAAUUAGUUAGCUCUUUAAUUAAUCAUGGUUGGAAUAUGUAAUCUUAUAAGUUUCAAGACAUUUCUAAUACCAUUAGACUAUAUAGCUCCUUAAUCAUGCUUCUCAGCUGAUCGUCUUGCAGAUAUGGCUCACUCUUUCCCUUUGGGGCCUCUGUGUUCUCGAUAGCCCUCCUCCGGAAAUGAGGCAAUGGUUAUUUCAUGACAUGAGUGGUGUUUCUUAUUCAA